UAUCAGAACAGUAGCGUUCAAUAUCUGUCAGGAAAUAUAUAAUAAGAAUAAUUAAUAGAUAUUUAUUUGUGGUUAAUUAAAAUAUUGUGAACCAUGAGAGUUCCUACUAUUUUCAGUUUCAUUAGCUUCUUAGCUACUGUUUUGUGUCAUUUUACUGAACCUGACUGUUCAACAGAUGUUGGAAUUGAUGAAAUUGUUUUACUACCGAAUCCAGAAAUGUGUUCUACUUACUGGACAUGUGAAGCACAUUCGGCAGUUUUAAAUAAGUGUCCAUCUGACAAACUUUUUGAUGCAUUUAAGUUAUCUUGUGAAGAUUCUGAAACGGCAUCUUGCGCUGUUAAGAUUCCGACAACUGAAAUACCUUCUUCUACGAUCACAACUGUAAAACCUUCUCCUUCAACAAUUACCACCAUGAAACCUACGUCAACACCCACGGUACCAAAACCAAUAUCAACAACCACUCAGAAAGCUGAUACUAUUAAACCAUCAAUUGAAGAAUAUCCCUUUAAAUGUCCUCCAUCGCAGUGGCCCAUCAAGAAAUACUUGUUUCCGAAUCCAAAAGAUUGUCACAGUUUUUAUAAAUGUAUAUACGGUAAACCUCAUUUGUAUAUUUGUCCAGAUAACUUACAUUUCAAUCCUGUAUUGAGUGUGUGUGAUUGGCCUAAUAAAGUUAAAUCGGUGUUCGAAAUUAUAUUUUUUGGCGUAAUCUCUAUGGCAUUUGCGGCCGUACCGCGCUGUCCAAUACACGGCUAUGACAACGAAGCUAUACCUGACUCUGAAGAUUGUGGAAAGUUUUAUUAUUGCAAGGACAAUGUACCAUAUUCAGCAUUUUGUCCUCCUAAUCAGUAUUUUGACGUUAUAACACUUACCUGUCUUGACGCGGCUGAAGCUGUCUGCGCCGAGAAGACAAUACGAAUUUUAAAUAAUCCAACUUCAUCUGUCCAUUGUCCUAUGCAAAAAGAUCCUGCAGAUAACGUACUAUUACCAAACCCAUUAGAUUGCAAUAGUUUUUAUCAAUGUGUUUGGGGUACACCAAUACUUCAGAAAUGUCCGAAACAAUUACAUUUCAAUGAAAAGUUGAAAAUAUGUGAUUGGCCGAAGAGCGCUAACUCGAUAUUUAUCACCGUCUUUAUUGGGCUUAUCGCCAGUACAUAUACACACUUUGUGCCUGAAUGUUCACAAGAAGGCACAGGAAAUGAACGCAUAGCUGAUCCAGAAAAUUGUCGAAAAUUCUACAUUUGUCGUGACUACGUUCCUGAAAUGGUUGUUUGUCCUAGACCACUUUACUUUGACGUUAAGACCUUUGAAUGCGUUGAUCCAAAACUUGCUAUUUGUGGAGAACUUUCAGAAGAGCCAGUUUGUCCUGCACAACAAAGCUUAGAUGAGAACAUACUGAUACCAAACCCUAAAGACUGCAACACUUUUUACCAAUGUGCUUAUGGUUACCCACAUCUCCAACAUUGUCCUGAAGGACUACAUUUCAAUCCCGAGAAAAGCUGGUGUGAUUGGCCAAUAAACGCUCAUUGCGUCAUCGAACCAUGA